AUGGAUUGCUAUAUAGGAUUUUUCCCCCUAUGGAUCAGCGUUAUUACCAAAGAGAGACUGAGUAAUGCCUUGGUAGAACGUUGGUUCGGAUUUUUAAAGAAAUAUAUUCAUUUGGGGUCACGAGAUUUAAGAACAAUGGUAUUCAUUAAAAAAGUGAGGGGACACGUCAUUAGUGUGAACAAUAAAAUCUCCCUCGGAAUUUCCAAAAAUAUGUUGGCAAGUGCUUCAAAUAUAAAUAAACAUGUAACAAAUUUAAAACUAAUUAAAUAUGAAAAUGGUGACUUCGAAAGUUCUGAUCUUACUAAUUCAGGAUUAUCAGAUGAAGAAGAAAACGGGGACGGAAACCCAAAUAACAUCAAUCAAGUUAACGAGCAUAAGGAAUUAAAUAGGGUUAUAGGUAAAACAUUCUUAGAUGUGCUAAACAACAACUUGGUGAAUGACACAAGUUACUAUUUAUAA